AUGUAUUUUGACGUCGAAAUAGGGUCGCUGGAGACUAAGUGGCCGGAGAGGGGAGGGGGAACCGGAGGAGUUGGCUGUGUUUGGAGGGUUCAUCAAUGUUUUGAAACCCAAAGAACUAGAGUGAACCGAAAAACGGAUUGGGUGGACGGAUCACCGGUUCAACCGGAGUUGAACCAUGACAUCAAUGUGGUGGCUUCGGUUAGACCCUCGGUAACCUUGCCAGAUGCUCUGAGCCAAAGCCCUGCGGGAGCUCAGUCAGCAGGAUCGGUUGAAGCAAUGGAUCUACUGUGUUGCUCGGGUCCAGAAGCAGAGGAACGAACCAGCGGAAGGAGAAUCUUAAUCCAGGUUAAGGUCCCGACAAAUCGAACCCCCACAAUCAUAAUUAGAGCCCUGCGGGAGCUCAGUCAGCAGGAUCGGUUGAAGCUAUGGAUCUACCGUGUUGCUCGGAUUCCUGCUUCGGUGUACCCGAAGCCUUCUGAGAGAGAUAGUCGCGCCAGAUGGGCCCCAAGAAGGAUCGUGCAGCGAGCAUUAUCAUUGGGAUCAGAUCUGGCCAUGUGCUCCGUUCAGAAGCAGUGGAACGAUCAGCGGAAGGAGAAUCCUAAUCCAGGCCAAGCAAUGGUUGAAGAAUAUUCACAACCUUUCGAAAGGCGAUCCGCCCAUUACCAGCCAACUGCUUGGAAUUAUGAUUUCAUCAAGUCUUUUGAAAAUCACAAUAACACCGAUGAAAUACAGAAGCAGAGAGCAGAGAAACUGAAGGGAGAGGUAAGGGCUAUGAUUGAGGAUACAGAUGCAAAUUCAUUAACAAUACUCGAACUGAUAGAUGAUAUUCAACGAUUGGGAUUGAGCUAUCACUUUGAGAAGGAUAUCACGAGAGCACUUGAUCGAAUGUUUCUUUGUGUGAAUGGAACUAACGUGUGGACACAACAGAAGAGUACAAUUCAUGCUAUUGCUCUCAGCUUUAGGCUCUGUAGACAACAUGGCUAUGAAGUCUCCCAAGACGUGUUUAAGAGAUUCAAAGACAAAAAUGGAAACUUCAUGGAAUCCCUAAGUAAGGACACCAAGGGAUUACUAAGUUUGUAUGAAGCAUCUUAUUUUUCAUUUGAGGGAGAAAAACUUAUGGAAGAGGCAAGAGUAUUCACAACCAAACAUCUGAAGGGAAAGAUAGUGAACGAAGACCUUGAGGAGCAAAUAAAUCAUGCAUUGGAAAUGCCUUUGCAGCAUAGGAUGCUGAGGCUUGAGGCUAGGUGGUACAUUGAAGCUUAUGGUAAAAGAAAAGAUGCAAAUUCUUUGCUAGUUGAAAUGGCUAAGUUGGAAUUCAACAUGGUGCAAUCUAUGCUCCAAGGAGAACUCAAAGACAUGUCAAGGUGGUGGGAAGAUAUAGGUUUGGGAAAAAGGUUGAGUUUUACGAGGGAUAGACUGAUGGAAUGCUACUUUUGGAAUGUGGGCAUGAUUUUUGAGCCUAAAUUCAGUGAUUGCCGGAAGAGUUUAACGAAAUUGGCAGCACUUGUAACCACCAUUGAUGAUGUCUAUGACGUCUAUGGAUCAUUGGAUGAGCUUGAACUAUUCACAGCUGCUGUUCACAGAUGGGAUAUAGAGGCUGUGGAAACCCUUUCCGACUACAUGAAGUUGUGCUUCCUAGCUCUCUACAACACUACCAAUGAAAUGGCUUAUGACAUUCUUAAACAAAAAGGGGUUAACAUCGUCCCACACUUAAAAAGAGCGUGGGCAGAUUUAUGCGAAACAUUCUUGAAGGAAGCAAAGUGGUGUUCAAACAGAGAGACUCCAACAUUUAAGGCAUAUCUUGAUAAUGCAUUGGUUUCGGUAUCGGGGGUGCUUAUAUCAGUUUAUGUCUACUUCCUGUUGACUGAAACUAUUACAAAAGAGGCUCUAGAGUGCUUAGAGAAGAAGUACCAUCCUCUUGUGGAGUGUUCAUCUCUCAUUUUUCGUUUUUCCAAUGAUUUGGCCACAUCCAAGGCUGAGUUGGAGAGAGGUGAAUCUGUAAACUCAAUCCAGUGUUACAUGCACGAAACCAGAGUUUCGGAACAAGAAGCCCGGAAGCACAUAAGGAGUUUGAUCGAGGAAGCAUGGAAGAAGAUGAACAAAGAACGAGUAGCUGUUGAUUCCACAUUUGAGAAACCAUUUAUUGAAACGGCUUUGAACCUUGCUCGGAUCGCCCAAUGCACUUACCGAAACGGAGAUGGGCACGGAGCUCCGGAUAACAAGGCAAAGAACCGGGUUUUGUCAGUGAUAAUUGAACCCAUUACACUUGUGCACGGACUUCAACACGGGUCAAAUUUGUUAGCUAGUACGGAGUAUUUCUUGGGGUAUAAAGAGAAGAAUAUAUAAAAGGUUG